CGCAGGCUCGGGGCCAGCCCUCGCCCGGCUGCCCCGGGCCGCUUUCCGCGUCACGGUCGGCACGGUGGCCGGAGCCUGAGCUCGUCUUCCCGCAGCCGUCCCGCCCCGGGGAGGGAGCAGCGGCCGCCUCCGGCCACACCUGUGGCGCAGGAGUGGCAGUGCAGGGCAAGGAGGGUCCGCACAGACGAGUUCUCGUCCGGCCGCACGAUGACGGUGGGUGCGCGGCUGGGCGCCAAGGCGAGGGGCAGGUAUUCCCGCCGCGGGCCCGGCGACGACCAGGUCUCCAUCCUGCCCGGCGAGGAGGAGGAGGAGGCGGCGGCGGCGGCGGCGGGGAGUAGCGCGGGGACCCCGCGACCGGCGACGCUAGACAAGAAGGAGGAGGAGGGCGCCGGCUGCAGGAGGGUGCGCUUCGCCCUCCUGCCCGACUCCUACGAGCCGUUGCGUCCGCCGCGCCCCGCCGGCAAGCGGCCCUACGGCAAGCGGCUGAAGAAGUACGGCAAGAACGUCGGCAAAGCUCUGCAGAAGGGAUGUCGCUACUUGGUGGUCGGCCUGCAAGGAUUAGCGACGGCCUAUUCCGCUCCCUUCGGAGUGGCUGCUCAGGUGGCAUCCUUCACCCGCUAGAGCGGUUCCACGUGCCCCACUGGGGAGGACCUGAGGCCGUUGCUGCUUUCUUAAUGUUAAAUACAAGACUCACAUCUGAGAAACCUCUUGCACACCCAGUCCCAGCUCCGAGUUCCUGCGCCAGCCCCUUCUGCAGGACAGAGUGCUCCUCUCUAAGCUUCCAGUGCUUUAUAAAAUCAGAGCAGCUCAAAGAAAUGCAAAGAGGAGGAAAUAAUCUUCAGCUGCGUGACCUGAAGUUUGUUCUCAGAUGUGGGCUGGUUUUCUAGAGCUUUGAGAUGUGUGGAAGGGAGCCAAAAACAGAUGGAAAAGCAAGUAGAUGAGGGAGUGAGCAGUGAAGGAAAAGAGAGGAUUGGGGGAGCAGCUGUGGAAGUGGAGAUUUGAGUUUGGCUAGGGAGAGGAAUUGUCAAAGCGGUGGAGGAAACAGAUAACGUGGGAUCAGGAAGAGGUAGGCUUCAGUUUUCUGAGGUUUUUGUUGCUUGUGUUUGUUUUUUUUUUCCCCCAGAGACAGUUAAGGUUAUGAGUACACUUUAAAAUAUACUUGGAUAUAAAUGGGCUAUAGCCUGAGACAAAUUUGCUGCAUCACAGCUGUUCCUUUCAAACACUGGACAUAAUGAGUCUUUAAAUCAUAAGACUGAUGGAAAAUUACACAAGGAAAAUGAGGUGCAUUUGUCUUCUUACCUGGGGACAUUAAAGGUUCACUGUUAUUAAUAUUUUAAAGCUUUGCUGCUGUGAAACCUGCAGAUUUUAUUAUCAUUAUUACUAUUUUUUCUACUGAGAACAGAGUUUAUAUCUGACAUGCCUGAUUCUGGAAGCUCAGAGCAUAACAACACUCAGAUCUGUGGUGUUCACCAGGAAGCAAAACAGAUUAACAGCUGCAUCUGGAGAGAAAAAAACAACAACUCUGAUACAGUUUUUGAUAUAAGAAUGUCCAAUUGUUCUGUGUGAGAAUGGGACUAAAUAACCUGCCAGCUCCAUCUUCACUUCUUUCUGUGGAAUUUGUAGCUAGAGGAUGCCAACAUCAGGUGGCUGAGCUCAGUGGUGCAGAUGGAGCAGCUUACAUGCCACAUCUCCAGGAAUAAAAAUCUUGUUUGACCACAUAGGAGCAAGUGGCUUUGUGGGACUUCAAAAUUCUGUGGGGUUUGGUUUGAGGUUAUUUUUUUUCUAUCAGUCUUUUGUAGCAGCUGUAAAUUACUUCCCUGCUAGCACUUUCUCUGUACUACAGAUCUUUCUAGUGUUGAUAGUGUUUUUGUAAUCAAAGAGUUAAGCCUGGCCUGGGUUAAAAACCAAAAUCCUGCUCAUUCUCUUUCUUUGCCUUUUUUGAAUGAAGGAGUUUGCAUGUCUUGGCAAACCACACUGUAUUUCUUGUGGCAAAUGAAACAAAGGUGGGACUUUUUUAAUGCUCUUUUCUAACUGGGACUGUAAAUAAAAGUAAAGUGAUCUGU